AUGGCAUUUCCAUACAUUUCAUGUUUAUUGAUAUUUCUCAUAUUGCUUAUAUGGAGAUACCGGGGUUGGUUGUUAUCAUUGGCGGUAGCAAAAAUUUGCCGCUGUCGUUCAGUUCGUCUGGGCAGAUGCGGCCUUUUUUAUGUAGAACACAUUAGACUUUGCUUAAUUGGUGGUAUCGUGAUUGAAGUUGACGAUUUUCGCGUAACAGUCAGUUUCUUCAAUACACAUUACACGAAACCGUUCGUUAUCACGAUUAGUGAUAUCCGCAUUGAAGGUGAAUGUAAUCAAUUGUCCUUGACACCAACCUAUAAGAAACAGUGCUGUCAGAAGGAUUUUGGAAGAUAUCUUCAUUGGUUACAAUAUACAAGCACGAUAAUUCGUACUGCGCGCGUUGUAUUUCUUGGUGUGACACCAGGAUCUUUGUUGCAUUCAACCUUUCAACAAUUACAACUUGAUGGAUAUCGAAAUCGUGAAGGGAUGCAGAUUGAACUUUCCUGUAAACUAUUACAAGCAAAAUUGUUCAGUCGUGGAACAACUCAAAAUACUGCGCCUCUACUCGUACUUUCAUUAGGAUUAUCAGUUUGUUGCAACAUACCUUUAGAUAUUUUAAAAUUGAAACGACUUGGUGCCCGUAUUACUGAUCCUCAGCUUAUACUUUCGGAUGGCCUUUUGGAAUACUUUCAUGAUCAUCCAAUACGUAAGAAGACAAAAACCACGUCAGAUCAAUUUUUCACCUCCUUUAAUAUUGAAAGCCUUUUGAAUACAAGUUUGAAACUGGACAUCGAGAAUUUAGUACUGAGAUAUACCGCCAACAUGGAUUAUUCAGAAAUGCGUACUGUUGCUGCAAGGUUAAAUGUAGCAUCGCUAUCAACAGAAGAUAACCAACAGUUUGCUAUUAUUUUAACUGGAAUCAAUGUAGACGAUCAGACGCGAGAGACGUUGUUCAGUUGCAAUGAAUUCGAUGCUAAACUGAAUCGAGCACCAGACAGUCCAGGAAUUCUCUUAGCCGAUAUGAAAAUAUUUAACCCUCAUUUUGUUACGAAUCAGAAGGCUAUCGUUGAGUGGACCGGAUAUUACCGUAAUAUUGGACAACGAAUUUCGACCUCUAUUGAGGGUCAUUUCGAUGAUGAUUUUUCUGCAUCUACAGAUUUACACGUAGUACCGACAGAAAUGAAGACGUUCUGUUGGGAAUCUUUAUACGUCGAAGUGAAUUCAUUUCACUGUCGUUUAUUGCUCUCCAAUGGACAAGAAAUCAACGCUAGUCUCGAACUGGGAACAUUUCGCGUUAACGAUGUAGGUCCAGAUUUGGGUAUAUUAUUUUUCUUAUACUUAAUUCGACCUCUGAAUGCUUCUAGAAAUAUUACCGAAGUACAUUUCUAUAUCUGCAGUGCUCGAAAACUGCAUUAUCUUCUGGAAGAGGUUAUGAAUUUUGCAUCUGCUGAAAUUGGUUUGGAAUCGGUCUGGAUUCGACAAGGAAAUCCUUUUAUUGGCCAUCUUGACUCUCCCUUUUGUCAUGUUUGGGGUACCAUUUUGAUUGUUGGAGCUUUAUUAAUUCAGUACUCCCGAAAUAAUGAAAUGAGAAGGUUGCUGGUCAAGUUGGUUGAAUGUCAAAUAGAAUAUGAGGAAGAACUCAUCCGGCAGAUGGCUUCAUUCUUAUCAUCUCUUCUAUAUAGCAGUACGUCAUCAGCAGCAUGCAACACAUCUUCUGCAUUUCAACCUUACCCACCUCUCCAAGUUGUUUCUGCAGCACAAAUUUCUGUAGAAAAUGUUGCCAUCUUCAUUCUAGCUCGACAUUCAUUGUAUUUGAUUCUAUCUAUCGAACAGCUGCGUUUGGAUGUCUUACCUUCCUCAACAACAUUGUCGAUGCUUGCAUUGAAUUUCAAGAUACUUCAGGGUAUCAUGACAAAUGAUGAAUUCAUUUGUUGGGAUGAUUCAGCACAAAUAAAAUCGGAACAUAUUGUAGGAUUUUCGAUACCAUUAUUAUUUCAUUUCAAUCUCUGGAAUAUUAAGUGUGGAUAUAGUGAUCGCUUGAUGAUGCGACUUUCUUGGUUAUUGUCAUCUUGGGAAUGGGUUUUGCUAGCUGAAUCAACAGUGAGUUUGGUUUGGAGUACUACUGUACACAUAAUUUUUCUGGAAACUUUCCGGAGUUUGAAACAAAUCUGGGAUCUUUUUGAACGAAAUACAUCUUCCAAAGCAUUUCAGUUGUUCCAUUUCAGCAUCGAAACAUUCAGUCUCGUAACCAUCGAAUUUCAACUACCGCGAUGUCACGUGAUGUGCUGGGAAGUACCAUCGCUACACAUCAAGUGUAUGGAUCAUAUAAAAAUCGAAAUGCCACAAUUCACUGCUUCCUUAGAUCGUCAUCCUAUCCUUACCAUUGAGAAGUUUUGUAUCGAGAAGCAGGCAUUCGAUGCAGGGAUGGAUUUAGGCAGGAAUGAAUUUAAGAAUCUGAAAAACCGAACAAAUAAACUUUGGAUAUGGUCUGCCGAUUCAGUGAUGUUCGUCUUUCCAUAUGACUAUAAUUUUGCAGCAGGUUAUGACGAGAUAAUUAAUGCAUGGAAAUGGAUAAAAUUGGUGCAUGAAUGGAAGAGAAAACCGUUUACUGUUGAAUCUCCACUUCCUUCAGAUUUGCGAUUCUCAGUUAAGAAUGCUUCACUACAAAUUAAUGAUGAUCCAUUUGAAGUACAACUUCAAAAUAAUUACGAACUAAUGGUUGAUGAAGUAUAUGAAUGCGAACGUCGGCGUCAAAUGCUAGACCAAAAGUUGGAGCAGCUUCAGAAAACGCGUCCCUUUCUGUCUCAAUCAAAAGCAGAUGAAUUACAUCGAUCGUUAGUUAAAAAAAAUGCGGAGAUAUAUAUUGAAAGAUCCAAAAAGUUGCCGAGUUCCAGAAAGCAUCUUUAUUUGUGGUCAAUUACGAAUCUAGAGAUUCGUACAUAUGCUGAUUUGAUUUUGCACGGAAAAGAAAAUGUGAUCAGACAUCUGAAAACUUUCAAUCCAGAAUCGCCAUUCCCAACUGAAGGAAUGGAAUUCAGUACGUUAUGGGCACGUGCUGUUGAAAUGGAUUGUGAUGAUUGGGUUAUGCAGUUCCGUGAUUAUCCGUUGCCGUAUGUCCUGAUGAAAGAUGCACAUUUUUGGGGACAUCUAAUAGGAAGUGAGCAACUUACAGGACCGCGCUCAAUACGAACAUGUACCGUAACACUACCAGAGCCUUGGGGGCAAUAUAUUAUUGAGCGAAAUAUGUGUCCCUUGAAAUAUUAUUACGAUCUCUCAUGCGAGAUCAAAGAACUAAAUUGCACUUAUGGGCCUUGCUGGGAGCCGUGCUUAUCGAUGAUUAGCCUUUGUUGGAGUAAUAUCAGUUUGCCAUCAAGAGAUCCAAGUCCACCACUGCCUUUUUGGGACAAAAUUCGAUUACUUUUACACGGUCGUUUUUCUAUGCUUUGUCAAAAUUUGGUUACAUCGAUGCUUGCAUCUACAGAUCCAUACAAUUCCACUGAACUGGUUGAAAUAUGCUGGAGAGAAUUCGGGUUUGACUGGGUUACAGAUCAGUUUUGUGUACAAACGGAUAUAGAUGCAUUCGUACGUACUGCAUCGAAGUAUGAUGAAAGUCGUGUUUUACAUUUGCCAGGAUUUAAAUUCAGUGUGAAAAUGGACUGGGCUUGUAUUGGUGAUCCACACGAUCAUCACAGUGUUCAACCGUAUGCUCCUGACAAGCUUCCUGAAUACUCAUCUACUAAUUUAGAACAUGAUUCUUAUCGCGCAUUUCGCUCAACACACCUCGAUUUAGUCUUCACUUUAGAAGUGAAACAACCGGAUAAUACGGUGACUAAUAGUCAGUGUCCUCAGAUUUUACUUUAUGCCAAUAUCUUUCGAUGGUUGGAAUUCCUCAAAAAUACGAUGACAACAGUGAAUAGACCAGUAAAGCGUGGUCGAUUAUUCGGUGGAGACAAAACUAAAAAAAGUCAACUGAGUCGACAUUUGAAGCAUAUUCAAUUGAAUGUUACACUUCCACGCUUCUUGAUCACUUACUGGAUGUCGUACUCAUCAUCACAUGGUCUGCGGAUGAUUAGUGAAAGUUUACACUUAACCUCAUCAUUAGAACUUCACAUUUUGCAGAAUGGCGAACAAAAGGAUGGAGUCAGCAGAAGACGAAUUGCCAAAUGGUCAGUUUUAUACGUUUCAGCACAGCUUUUAAAUGCACAGAUUCAUCUUUUCGGCUCUAAUUCACAAAACUUUGCUACUUCAAUUGAUGAUAAUUCGUUUUUUAUUGGAUUGGAUCGGUUGUCUUACACACGAGAAGCACGAUCUAAGAAUAGCACUGAUUCUUCCAGUAAUAGGCAGGUCAAAUUGUCAGAAAGUGAUGAAGCAGUGCACAGGCUCACAAUUCAUGAUUUGCGUGCUUCGUGGACUCCGGAAAAUCGUGAUACGUGUUUGGCCAUUGCAGAUGGCGUUCAUAAGGCCCACAUUUUACGGCGUAUUUUAGGAACAGAUGCUUUGAAGACACCACAUUUUACGGAACCAGGAGUCCCGUCACCAUCUUCAGCUACUUUAAAUGCUGCGCGUGCCGUAAGAUCGACUGUUUCAAGAUUACAUUCUGAUCCUGACAAAACAAAUCAAUCACGAUGUGGUUCUGAUAAACGGGUAACAGAGGAAAAUGAUAUGCUGCAGCGAUUAAUUGAUGAAGCCAGUACGAAACUUGUCGCUUACGAUGAAGAAACAACUGACAUUCCUUCGGACAUGUUACAAGGAAUUGCACUGUGUACAGCUGACGACGUCGCAUUAAUCAACUGGCAAAUUGAUCUUAUUAAUAGCCAAGCCGUUUUACGGGGAAAAGAAAAGGAUGGAUUUGUUUUACUAACUGCUGCCCGUGCAUCUGUAACUCAGCGCAUCUAUUCAUUAGUUUGGAAAAAAUCGCAGUUGUUGAGUAAGAAAUCAUGGUGCGCAACUCUUUCCGGGAUGCAGUACUUUGCACCCCUGGUAAUGUCUCAGCACCUCAAUCCAUCAAGUUCUCUGUCGGAAUCAAUCCCACAAGGAUUCCAUUGGUUGAAUCGUGAUAUCAUUGAGGAAAAAACGUGCAGUGAUCCUAAUAUCAGUGAUCGCUUGAAUCCUUAUAUUAGCACUGGGGAAGCCGUGGGCGGUGUAGUUGUUGGUAAGCAGUUUAUUUAG